AUGCACGACAGACGGCCUUCCGCGGCCGAAACUUAUGGCAAUAUUCGACGCUCUUUGCGCCCGCUGCCUCAAGCGCCCAAUGCCUCUCCAAAGAGCUCGCUAAAGGAAGGCACAACUCGCCAUGCCAGGAGCUACACCAUUGAUGAUACGGUAUACCGAAAGUCUGUAUCUCCCGCAGGAACACCUGAGCGUAAGAUAAGAUGGCAGGACGAGGAGCAAUCUCCUCAGCCUAUGACAGAGUACCCCUUCCCAGCAUCAACGCCUCCACGACCGCGUUCUCAGCACUCUUACAGUCAGAACAGCCCUCUCGCACCCAACCUGACUGCGUCCUUUACGGCCCCGGAACUCGAGACGUUUCAAAAAUCAUCGACUGGUCACCUUCGAACUCUAUCAAAGUUUGCAAAAUCUGGAGAGACCGAAGACUUCGCCAUUGAUUCGGCUCUGCCUUCAGUUGUCGGCCUGCAGAAUCGAAGACGGUUGAAACGAUCAGACUCUAUCCGAGAAACCACUGUCACCAAAACCAAAAAUGUUUCGUCAUCAUGGGCAGCUGGCAAUUGGAUGGAUAAACAGAGGCAGUUUCUUCAGGCGUACGAAUAUCUUUGUCAUAUCGGAGAAGCUAAAGAAUGGAUAGAAGAUGUUAUUCAAAAGGAAAUCCCGCCCAUUGUUCAGCUUGAAGAGGCCCUUCGGGAUGGUGUGACUUUGGCCGAGAUCGUACAAGCUUUAUAUCCCAAUAGAGCGCUACGAAUCUUUAGAAAUCCGCGUCUGCAAUAUCGACACUCCGAUAACAUUGCGUUGUUCUUCCGCUUUCUCGACGAGGUCGCCCUACCUGAUAUAUUUCGGUUCGAACUAAUUGAUCUGUACGAGAAGAAGAAUAUUCCCAAGGUUAUCCACUGUAUCCAUGCUCUUUCAUGGCUGCUUUAUAAAAAUGGAAUCGUUGCUUUCCGGAUAGGGAACUUGGUGGGCCAGCUCCAAUUCGAACAUCAUGAGCUCGAACAGACGCAAAAGGGAUUGGACAAAGCAGGAGUCAGUAUGCCUAGUUUUUCUGGAAUGGGUGCGUCUUUUGGCGCCGAACCUGAGCCCGAACCGGAACCGGAGCCUGUUGAAACCGAAGAAGAACGUAUCGAGCGCGAACUACACGAAAACGAAGACUCUAUCAGUGACCUCCAAACACAGAUCAGAGGUGCUUUGCUACGGGUCAGAUUGGGCAAAGUUAUGAACGAGCUUUGGGACAAUGAACAUGUGAUUGUUGAGCUACAGUCCAUGAUACGAGGUGAUUGGGCGCGUCAAAUCUCUGGCUAUCGAUUACAAAUGCGCCAAUUCGCAGUCAAUCUUCAGGCUAUCUCCAGGGGUUUCUUGGUACGAGCGCGCAGACAAAGCGACGAGGAAUGGUGGCAGCUUAAGGAGCCGGAAGUCUUGAAAAUUCAAAACCUCGUCAGAGGCCGCAAAGUCAGGGACCAGAUAUCACAACUAAAGAUGAGGAUGCGACGCGAAGAAUCUGGAGUAAAGUCUAUUCAAGCAGCAAUCAGGGGCGCGCUACAACGAAAACAUGCCUCUGACCGAGUCCAGCAAACUAAAGGUGCAGAAAACGAGGUAAGAGGCCUUCAAGCAGCUAUUAGGGGUAUGCACGCACGCCAGUCAGUAGGUCAGACGCUAGCUCAGCUAGAGCACGAAACUCCAUCCGUUUUAUUCCUCCAAUCAGUCAUUCGAGCCUCAGCUCAAAGGGCUCGUGUGGCAGGCUUAAAGAAGGAGCUGACGCGGGAUGAAGACAAAAUAUGCUCACUGCAGUCCUCUGUUCGUGCUGCAGCAGUCCGUAAGCAGCUCAAGUCUCUCCACGAUCAACUUAGGCAACAUCAAAAUGAGGUUGUGGACCUGCAGAGUAUUAUUCGGGCCAACGCAUUAAGGUCCAAACUUGAAGAGCAACGGUCCUCCUUAGCCGGUACAGAACCAGAAGUACUGCUUCUUCAGUCCAUGACACGUGGGAUGUUCCUCAGGAAACGAGUCACGUCCGAUCUUCAAGAUCUUGAAAAGAACACGUCGCUAUUCACAACCUUGCAGUCUCUCGCUCGGGCUGCUCUAGUACGAAGAGAUAUUGGACAGAUCCUCUCACAGCUCGAAGAGAACGAAGAUGAAGUUGUACAACUUCAAGGGCUAAUUCGAGCAAUGCUCGUCCGUAUCGAUGUAGGCAACAUCUUGUCGGACCUAGAGGCCGAAGAAGACAUCGUCACGGACUUUCAAGCACGCAUUAGAGGUUAUCUCAUUCGACUACGAUUCGCCGAAAAGCAACGCUUCUUCCGAGAAAACAUGGAAAAGGUUAUCAAAGUCCAGAGUUUCGUUCGAGGCAAGAUUCAAGGUCAGGCAUACAAAAGCCUCACCAGUGGGAAGAAUCCUCCUGUGGGCACCAUCAAAGGUUUUGUCCAUUUACUCAACGAUAGUGAUUUUGAUUUUGAUGAGGAAAUUGAAUUUGAAAGACUCAGAAAAAAUGUUGUACAGCAGGUUCGACAAAAUGAGAUGGCAGAUCAGUACGUCUCACAAUUGGACAUCAAAAUUGCACUGCUAGUCAAGAACAAGAUUACCCUGGAUGAAGUCGUCAAGCAUCAGAAACACUUUGGUGGACACGUCGGAUCUCUACUGUCGAAUAACAAUAUCCUGUCGAAGGACCCAUUUGAUCUCAAAGCAUUGAACAAGACCUCACGGAAAAAGCUCGAGCAAUACCAAGUUUUGUUUUUCUUGCUCCAGACCCAGCCACAAUACCUCUCCAGAUUGUUCCGCAAACUACGAGAACAAAAUACCAGCGAUAAGGAGUACGACAAGACCAAGCACAUCAUCAUGGGUCUUUUCGGCUACGCACAAAAGAGACGAGAAGAAUACUACCUUAUCAAGCUGAUUACACGUUCUAUCAAAGAAGAGAUACAGAGUUGCCCGUCUUUGCAAGACUGGGUUCGAUGUAACUCAUUCUGGCUCAAGCUGUUCGUGGCAUACGUCAAGUCGCCAAGAGACCGGAAGUUCUUGCGAGAGAUUCUCAAUCCUAUUGUUAAAGAAUGGAUUCUUGAGAACCCGGAUAUAGACCUUGAAAGCGAUCCUAUGCAAAUUUAUCGCACUGCCGUCAUCAACGAAGAACUCCGAACCGGACAGAAGAGUCAACGACCUCUUGACAUACCGAAAGAAGCUGCUAUUCGGGAUCCCGAGACAAGGGCUAUCUUCAUCCAACACCUUGAAAACCUUCGCGACAUCUCAGAGCAAUUCCUUGGCAGGUUCCAUGAAGCGCUUCCAAAGAUGCCUUUUGGCAUACGCUAUAUCGCCAAGGAGUUGUAUGAAAUGCUCAUCGCUCAGUACAGCAACGAAGAUCCUGGUCUCGUUUUACAGGUGGCCGGCCAAUGCAUCUGGAAGAAUUAUCUCCAAUCUGCUGUCUUGGAACCCGAGAAGCAUGGUGUAGUCGAUCAUAGCUUGGACCCUAAGCACAAAAAGGAUCUAAGCGAGAUCGCAAAGGUUCUCUCUCAGGUGGCAUCAGGACGUCUGUUUGGCGAAGAGGGUGUCUUCCUCCAACCGUUGAAUCCUCAUAUCGGCAACUUUAUUCUGCGUCUAGGUGAUAUUUGGGGCGACAUGAUCUCCGUGCAAGAUGCGGAAUCGUAUUUCGACAUUGAUGAAUUUAACGAUCUGUAUGCUAAGACCAAACCAACCCUGUACAUCAAAAUGUCGGACAUCUUCUCCAUCCAUCAACUUGUUGCAUCCGAGAUUGACUUCCUAUGCACACGACCGGAUGAUACCCUCAAGGAGAUCAUACGUGAUCUCGGUAAUGUAAAAUCCAAUCAGCAUGAGCUUAUGGCUGUCAGGUCUUCUGAAAUCAGUCUGACACUCCAUCCGAAGCUUACCAACAUGGAAGAUCCGGAAGCCGGCACCAAAGCCCUGUUCAUGGAGACCAAGAGAUGCAUCCUUUACAUCAUCAGAGUUCAGUCUGGAGCAAAUCUUAUGGAAAUCAUGCUCAAGCCUCCAACGGAAGAGGAUGAACAAAGAUGGCUGUCUCUGGUUCACGAUGAACUUUCCGCGAACAACAAAAGGAAAGGUGCUUACUCUGAAGUCAAUACAGCGCUAGAUCUGAGCACCAUGAAUUAUGCGGACCUAAAGAGUGUCGCUCUCGAAAAUAUACUUCGAUUAGAGCAAUCUGGAAAAAUCAGCCGGCAUAAUCAGUACCAAGACAUAUUGAAUGCGAUUGCGGUAGACAUUCGAACCAAGCACCGCCGAAGGAUCCAACGGGAACGAGAGCUAGAGAGCGUUCGUCUGACAUUGUCCAGAUUGAAUGAUCAGGCUGAAUUUCUUGAACAGCAGCUUAAGACUUAUAAUGACUACAUUGAGCAUUCGAUGACGACUCUUCAGAACAAAAAAGGAAAGAAGCGAUUCCUGAUGCCUUUCACGAAGCAAUGGGACCAUGAACGUGAACUUCAGAAAACGGGCCGAGUAUUCAAGCUUGGUUCCUACAAAUACUCAGCACGUACUCUUGCCGAAAAAGGAGUGUUGGUGCACUGGAAAGGCUAUACAGAGCGUCAAUGGGACCGGGUUGACCUCAGUAUCUCUAGUAAUGAAGUUGGUGUGUUCAUUCUCGAUGGAAGUAGUGGUAAUAUGAUGAUACCUGGUGCCAACGCCCAGGUACCGCUCGACGACCUCUUGCAAGCACAGUACAACAAUACGCAAUUCCUCGAUUUCUUCGAGGGCACUUUGCGAGUGAACGUUGAUUAUUUCUUGCAUCUGAUUAUGAAGAAGUUCUACAACGAGUGA